AUGUCAGCCGUCUCCAGCACCUCCGCACGCCCGCUUUCCUCAGCUCUCGCCCAGCUCAGUAUCGACGCAGACGCUCGUACCGAGCCAGACGUCCGCACUCCGCCUAUCACAAACCCCGAUCCCCAUGGCACUCUACUCAAGUUCAUCGAGCACUUGCUGUCCGAAGAACACUUUGACGCCGAUUCCAACUUGACCGCGAUAGGAUACGAGCUAGAAGCCCUCUUGUCUAUCUACGGCGAUCAUUCGAUCAAACUCGCCCUUACUCCGCCCAGCACUGCAGUGGCGACAGAGGUUUCAUCUCAGGCAAUAAAAAAAAGCGGCAGUCAGCAGUGGUCUGAUGCCGUGUGGGACGCGGAAAUAGGCUUUGCGCCCGGGGAGAGGAUACGAUAUGAGAUCAGUCUGUCUUUAUGGGAAGAAGGAGAGACUUUGGAAGGGCUAGAUCCAAGCGCCACUCCCGAGAUCUCACCGACAAUGCGGGUGUUGGUCAGUCUAGCGCCCACGUACCCCAACUCGAGCGCCCCCCAGCUUCAGCUCCUGGGCAAGUACUUGGGCAGCUUUGCCAUCGAUGCAGGUCUCUUCGGGGAUAUCACGCGUACCUACCUGUCAGCAGGUGGCGCUGGGUUUAACCCCGGAGAUGUAUGCGUUUUCGAAGGCCUCACCCACGUUCAGUCCUUGGCACGAGACUGGUAUGCUAUUCAUCUGUCUUCAGGUGCCGCCCGUGAGGCCGAAAGGAAUUUUCACCUCACAAUCUCUCAAACACAUUCCCCUGAAGAGUCCGAAGACGAAGACGUCGCCUAUCUACCCCGCCCUUCCCCUCGGCCGACAUUUUCGUACACUCGCGGUCCCGAUGAAGCUGCUCCAACCCAGACGAUGUUGAGAGUAGAAGCUGGAAAAGAUCACGGACUGAAAGUCUGGGUUUCCGAUGAAGUGGUUGACCGAAAAUCGGUGUUUGUUGGUCGUGCUAUCAAAGUGACGGACGAGCGAGAAGUGCCAUUGAUUGUGCACGGAGUUUUGGAAGAUAAAAGGGCUGCGAGGGCGGCGCACCCUGCUAUCUACGCCUAUCGCGUCGUCAAAGAUGUAGGAGGGACCGCGCAAAAGGUCUACAUGUCGGAUUAUGAUGACGAUGGAGAGUCCCAAGCUGGAGGAAGGCUGCAGCAUCUUUUGGAGAUUUUGGAGCUUGAAAACGUAUUGGUCAUAGUCACAAGGUGGUGGGGAGGCCACAGGCUGGGAGCUGACAGAUUCAAGCACAUAAAUCGGGUUGCCCGUGAUGCCUUGGAGAUCGGAGGCUUCUUGGAAGACAAGAAGACGGAUGGAAAGUCCAAGAAGGGGAAGAAGUAG